AUGGCAGCUUCCAAAGAAAACUUAUGGUCUCAUCGAAGGCUGGCGUUGAUCAUUGGUAAUGAAAAGUAUCAAUCGAACAAUAAAUUGGCCUAUUCAAUCAAUAAUGCUAAUGAUCUGAAGCAUUCAUUGGAGAAAAUUCAGUUCAAAGUUACCUUAUAUCGAGAUGUUGAGCGCGAAAUGAUGGAUAUCAUUGCAAAUUUUGGCGGGGAAAUUGAGGAUGGUGAUUUGAUCCUGUUUUACUUUUCAGGCCAUUGCUAUCGGGUCAAUAAUGAAAACUAUUUGCUGCCAACUCAUGACAUUAAAAUCCAAACUGCAGAAGAUAUUCCAGAUUUCGGUUGUAGAACUGAUAGCGCUCUCAAACGACUCAUGAGAAAUAACCCGUCCUAUGUGACUAUAUUUAUCCUGGAUUGUAGUUCUCAAUAUGUACUGAACACUGGAACGGCAGUCAAACGUAAGUAUAAUUAUAAAUGCCUUCAUCAAUGUACAUAUCUUCUUUUAGCGAGGGCCGAGGGCAAAGGUCUAUCUGAAAUGCAGCCACCUCCUGAAACAUUCAUCCAGUUUGCUUGUGGUGCUAAUCAAGCAAGCACUGUGGUACUAGGAGCCAAUCGUAAUAGCUUGUUCACAAAGCACUUAUUACAAAACAUUACCGAAGAAAAUAUCAUAAUCAGUGAACUUUUCAGUCGGGUAAGAAAUGCCGUGUACCAAGAAAGCAAUCACAGGCAAAUACCAUUGUCAAUGGACGGUUUACAACAAUACAAACAAGUCUAUCUAAAUAAAGUGAUCAUCGGUAAGUAA